AUGGAGGACAAGAGCCGACCCCAGGUGAUAACGCGAUCUAUCCCGUGGAUCAUAUGGCUAAUCUGGAAGAAUAGGAACUCAAUCCUAUAUGCUGAUACACAAGUCUCAAAGGAUAAAGCAUUAAGCAACAUGAUGCAGAAAGUAGAACAAUGGUUCAUCCUUAACUGUCCUGCAGUACAGAACACGGGGGAGAGGAUCAACAUUGAGAUAUGGCGCCCACCAGAGGAGGGGGUUAUAAAAUGUAAUGUUCACGCAAACUGGCGCAAUGCAGUCCUGCACAGUGGAGUAGCUUGGAUAGCAAGAGACGAGUCGGGGAACGUGUCACACCAUGCUCGAGAUGCGAUCAUCAACACACCCAAUCGACUGAUAGCAGAGCUACAGUGUGUGAGUUGGGCCCUUAAUAGUUUAUCUGACCUUGGAGUGACGAAGGUGAUCAUUACGUCGGACUACAAGGAGGUAAUGGAAGCUUUAAAAUCUCCUAGACAAUGGCCAAGAUACAGAGACUUAAUACAUCAAGUGUUAAAGCUCAAAGACAAGUUUGUGAUGGUGGCAUUUGAGACUGAAAGCGUCUCUGCAAAUGGGAUUGCAAGAGACAUAGCGAGAAGUGUAUUAAGAGAUGGAAGAUUCCAAUCCUACUUAGUAUUGGGAGGUCCAUCUUGGCUGCAUGAUAGGCUUGCGAGAGAAAGGAAUGGAAACAGCAUUUGA